AUGGUGUCGCCGGCGGCGCGGCUGGUGGGGCAGGGCGUGUGGGCGGCGCUGACCGGGGGCUGGUACCACGACCCGGAGCAGGGCGCCUUCACCAACAGCUGCCACCUCUAUCUGUGGCUGUUCCUGCUGACGCUGCCCAUGGCCCUGCACCUGGCUUUUCCAGCAAAUGCAGUGACAGUUUUUGUGUACUGCAGCUCGGUGACAGUUUUCUUCACGGUAAUAAAGGUGAUCAGCUACCGUUUACACCUCAUGUUUGAUAAAGGCGAAGUUAUUCAACAGAAGCUCUCAAGAAAAAAUGGAAGGCAAUGUAAAGAUACAGAGGUUCAAAAAGGAGAAGCGGUUGAGCCCUCAAAUUGUAGCAAUAACUCGGGGGAUGGCGCCGCCGGUGAGAGCAGCCCAAACGGCUCCACCCAGACAAUUCCUGACAGUUCCAGAGUGCAGGCCCCGCCCUCGCAGGACUCCCCUGGAGCCACGGACCUGCCAACACGGGAAACGAUUGAAGAUCUUAGAGGUGUCAUGGUACUAGAAGAUCAGGCUACACCACCAGUUUCAUCUACCUCGCCCUGUAUCAAAGCAGAUAUAUUACCUGUUUCUACAACCUCCGGUUCAGGUGCCACCACAUCAGCAAUAGCAACAAAACCAGCUGCCAUGGAAACAUUUCCUGGUGAUGGAAUAAAUGAAAAAGGAUUGAAUGGACAGCCUUGUGGCCACCAUGGAUCCCAAGAUAUUCCUGUGGACAGAGACGUAGCUAAAAACAUCUCCAAUAUUUCUUCAUCACAAGGUGAUAUUUUAAGGACUGGAGUUUCUUCAGAGCCAUGGGACAGUGAAAAUUCAGUUAUUUCAGACCAUUUAAGUAAUCCUAAAAGCUACAAAAGAGAGAAAUUACCAGAUGGAUCACCACAGACGGGCUUUACCAAUAACUGCCCACAGUGCAAUGCUAUUGCAACCAAAGAGCACGAGCAGAUGGAAAGCUCUUGCAAUGCUGGUAAUAGCCAUGAGGACCUUGAUUGCUCAGACAGUGAGACUGCCGUUGCACUUGUGGACAAUUCUCUUCCUGGAGACCAGCUGUGUGAGCCCAUUAAAAUUGUCAUCACAAUGAGUACUACACCAAACACCACCCUUAGUGACCUACCGGGCUCUGUCCACUUGCAGGCCCUGGAAAGUGAGAGAACAAGCUCAGCCCUUGACUCUGGUGUAGUUAGAGCAGGCUGGUCAAGUCAGCAAACUAAUGAACAGCUCAGAAUCCCUGUUAUCACGUUUGACCUGUCUGAUGACAGUAAAGCUAAGCCUUGCUCAGAACUUAGUGAAAGUGACAGAACACCAGAAAUGUUGAGGGCAGAGCUGUCAUCCAACCAAUGCUCUGGCUAUGAAUCGGGUGAUGCAGUCAAGGAGCUCAGCAACCCAGCAAAUACACUUCUAGAAACUAACACUUGUUCAGAUCCAAAUCAGGAGAAGGCUUUGGAAAAUGUCCAGACUGUGGAUUUAAGUUCUAAGGAAGACUUGCAUAACCUAGACCCGCAGUCCUGCAGAACUGCUCAUGAAAAGAGGCACAUGCGGGUGUUGAGUGUAGACAGUGGGACAGAUGUGCUCUUAAGUAAGAAUUUCGUGGAGGUAUCUGACAAAGAAAAGACCUUACCAACCUCUAAAUCAGAUCUAGAAGCUAAAGAAGGUCAGAUGCCCAACGAAUCUAACUUUCUAGAAUUUGUCUCCCUCUUGGAAUCCAUUAAUACCUCAAAGAUGAAGACAUCUAAUCAAUCCACUGUCAAAAUGGAGACAACAAAGGAAAAUGGGCUUGUUGGAGAUAGCCAGAUGACGGAGAGAAAAGAAGAAAUGGUGGGAACAGAAAAGCACUGUGAGCAACUUCCUAAACAGGAAAGAUCAGAUGUACAAAGCCAAGAUCGUGCUAGUACUAGUCCGGUGCUACCAGAGUCUGCCAAAUUUGCAGCACUUUACCAGGGCAGCAGGCAAAGGCAGAUAAUCUACCGGGUAACUUCUCAGCAAGACAGUUCUGUCUUGCAAGUAAUAAGUGGACCUGAGGCGUCUGUGCAAGAUGAGCUCUCCGUGGAUGCCAUGCACGUGUUCAUAGAUGAAAAUGGGGAAAUCAGAUCCUGCUAUUUAAAAGCUGGCUGUCAGAAGGAAGGAAAUUUUAGACAUCAGCUAUCAAAUUGUGAUUGUAUGUCAAAUGCUCAUGAAAUACAGUUCAGCUCCUCCAGUACUACCACUUCAGAGAGCCAAGAGCCAUCUUCUGGGGACCAAGCAGCCAGCGCGCUUCAGCAGCAGCUCCUGCUGAUGGUGGCCAGAAGGACCCUUUCAGAAAACCCACGGCAGCCCAGCCAGGACCCUGAGGAUUCUUCAUGCUCUUCAGCACAAAGGAAGCUGAACAGGCAGUUUUACAGAUUUGUGAUAUUCCCUGGCAAGUGGAUUAAAGUCUGGUAUGACCGUCUCACCUUGCUGGCACUGUUGGACAGGACAGAAGAUAUAAAGGAAAAUGUGUUUGCUGUCCUUCUAGUAGUUCUUGUUUCACUUCUUGGAUUCCUGACUCUGAACCAAGGCUUCUGUAAAGACAUUUGGGUUCUGUUGUUCUGUCUUGUAAUGGCCAGCUGCCAGUAUUCUCUCCUCAAGAGCGUUCAGCCUGAUCCUGCUUCGCCCAUACAUGGACACAAUAAAAUCAUAAUCUACAGCAGACCUGUAUAUUUUUGUAUAUUGUGUGGCCUUAUUUUGCUGCUAGAUGCUGGAUCUAAAGACACAAAUCCUCCUGUUUAUACAAUGUAUGGCCUGAAGCUCUUCUCACCCAGGUCUCUCCAGUCAGCCAGGGACCAUGUAAUAGUGUUUUUAUAUUGUUUUCCUGCAAUUUCUCUUCUUGGACUUUUCCCUCAAAUCAAUACCUUCUGCAUAUAUCUUUUGGAACAAAUAGAUAUGUUGCUUUUUGGUGGUUCUGCUGCUGCUGGGUUUGUGUCUGCAUUGUACAGCAUUUCCCGCAGCUUUGUUGUUCUGAUUGUCCUCUAUGCCUUCUGCUUCAGUGCAGUGAAGGAACCCUGGGAUGCACAGCACAUUCCAGCACUGUUUUCUGCUUUCUGUGGUCUGCUAGUUGCACUUUCUUAUCACCUCAGCAGACAAAGCAGUGACCCAUCUGUGCUGAUGUCCCUUAUUCAGUGUAAAUACGUCCCUCACUAUCUACGCCAGCGAUUUGAAGAUUCAUCAGAAGAUCCACUCCCAGAAAAAAUGAGAGAAUCAGUGAAAGAAAUCUUGAAAUCGGAUCUCAUUGUCUGCACAGCAGCUGCUGUUCUGUCAUUUGCUGUCAGUGCCAGUACUGUGUUUCUGUCACUAAGGCCAUUUCUCAGCAUUGUGCUGUUUGCUUUAGCGUGGACAGUGGGAUUUGUGACACAUUACAUCCUUCCUCAGCUCCGCAAGCAUCACCCCUGGCUGUGGAUCUCCCACCCCAUACUCAAAAGCAAAGAGCACCAGCAGCGGGAAGUGAGAGAUGCUGCUCAUUUGAUGUGGUUUGAAAGGCUUUAUGUGUGGCUACAGUGCUUUGAGAAAUACAUUUUAUAUCCAGCCAUAAUACUGAAUGCACUCACCAUUGAUGCUUUCUCAAUUAGUAAAUACAAGAAGCUUGGUACACACUGUGACAUUAUCCUGAUAACAGUUGCUGGGAUGAAACUCCUCCGCUCCUCAUUCUGUAAUCCUAUUAAUCAGUUUGUUACUUUGAGCUUUACUGUGAUCUUCUUCCGAUUUGACUACAGAGACAUUUCGGAAAAUUUCUUGCUGGAUUUCUUCAUGAUGUCCAUCGUGUUUCAUAAGCUGUGGGACCUACUGCAGAAGUUGCAGUUCAUCAUGACAUACAUUGCUCCCUGGCAGAUUGCCUGGGGGUCAUCGUUCCAUGUUUUCGCUCAGCUCUUUGCAAUACCUCACUCUGCUAUGCUUUUUUUCCAAACUCUGGCCGCUUCAGUCUUUUCUACACCUCUCAGUCCAUUUCUGGGCAGUGUCAUCUUCAUCGCAUCGUACGCACGACCAGUCAAGUUCUGGGAAAAAAACUACAACACCAAAAGAUCAGACCAUUCGAACACCAGACUGGCAAUUCAAAUCGAAAAGGAUGCAGGAAAUGAUGACAAUAAUCUCAACUCCAUUUUUUACGAGCAUCUGACAAGAUCUCUGCAGGAGUCUCUUUGUGGAGAUUUGAUCCUGGGCCGCUGGGGAAACUACAACACAGGAGACUGUUUUAUUCUGGCAUCAGAUUAUUUAAAUGCCUUUGUGCAUUUGAUUGAAAUUGGAAAUGGCCUUGUCACCUUUCAGCUCAGAGGGCUCGAAUUUCGAGGGACAUACUGCCAGCAGAGAGAGGUGGAAGCUAUAACAGAAGGAGAUGAAGACAACGAGGGCUGCUGCUGUUGCAAGCCCGGGCACUUGCCGCACCUGCUGUCGUGCAAUGCAGCCUUCAACCUGCGCUGGCUGACGUGGGAGAUCACGCGGAGCCAGUACAUCCUGGAGGGAUACAGCAUCAUCGACAACAACGCCGCCACCAUGCUGCAGGUGUUCGACCUGCGCAGGAUCCUUAUCAGAUACUACAUCAAGAGUAUAAUAUACUUUACAGCAAGUUCUCCCAAAAUCCAGGAGUGGAUAAAAGAUGAAUCCAUCCAGAAGAUACUGCAGCCUUAUGCAAAGUGGCAUUAUAUUGAGCGUGACCUUGCGAUGUUUAACGUUAACAUAGAUGAAGAUUAUGUUCCAUGUCUCCAGGGAAUAACAAGAGCUAGCUUCUGCAGUGUUUAUCUGGACUGGAUUCAGUUCUGUGCCAGGAAAAGGGUGGAGCACCUGGACAGCGAUGAGGAUUCUCCUCUGGUGACACUUUCCUUUGCCUUGUGUAUACUGGGUCGGAGAGCCUUGGGAACUGCAUCUCACAACAUGGCCAUCAGCCUGGACUCUUUUCUUUAUGGGCUCCAUGCACUGUUUAAAGGAGACUUCCGGAUAGCAGCCAAAGAUGAGUGGGUCUUUGCUGACAUGGAUCUGCUACACAAGGUUGUUGCCCCAGCAAUCCGAAUGUCUCUGAAGCUGCACCAGGACCAGUUCACGUGCCCAGAUGAGUAUGAGGACCCAGCAGUUUUGUAUGAAGCCAUCCAAUCCUUUGAAGAAAAGGUUGUGAUUUGUCACGAAGGGGACCCGGCCUGGCGCAGCGCAGUCCUGUCCAACCGGGAGGAGCUGCUGACUCUCAGACACGUGGUAGAUGAAGGAGCAGAUGAAUAUAAAGUUAUCAUGCUCCACAAAAGCUACCUGAGCUUCAAGGUGAUCAAGGUCAACAAGGAGUGUGUCAGAGGGCUUUGGGCUGGCCAGCAGCAGGAACUGAUUUUCUUACGCAAUCGUAACCCGGAGAGAGGAAGCAUCCAGAACAAUAAACAGGUGUUGCGGAACUUAAUUAAUUCUUCAUGUGAUCAGCCACUGGGAUAUCCAAUGUACGUUUCCCCCUUAACCACCUCGUACCUUGGGACACACAGCCAACUGAGGAACAUCUGGGGGGGACCUGUCAGUUUGGACAACAUUAAAAAGUGGUUCAAAUCCAAGUGGUUAAGAAUGCGGAAGGACUGCCAUGCAGCAGCUCACCACGAGAGAGGCAAUGUUGAAGAGGUGGAUAGUGCAGGGGGGUCUUCAUCUAGCAACAAUUCCACAGGGAAUUCAAGCCAGAGCAGUAGCUCACAGCCCACCAGGGAUGGAACCCCUCAGCUGCAAACUUCAUCUCAAGAGGUCCACCAGCGGGCAGGCAGGAGAAAACCCAGGAGUCAGUCUGUCCAGGCACACACUGCUUUAAACCAAAGGCCCCCUGCUUCAAGUCACUCUGGACCAAUUGCAGAAAGCCGGCAGCCUUUCAUCCAGACGUCUACAUCUGCCCAUGAAAUUGCCCAAAGGCUUUCUAGUAGUCAGCUAUCAUUCCACAACUCUGCAACAUCUGUGUUUUCUCAGUCCCCUGCUGUUCCUGUUGCUGGCCAGCUGACUGUGCAGGACCGAGCUGCAGCAAUGCUCAGGUCCAGCCUGGCCUCCUCCACCAGCUCAACUCUGAGCCUGCUGUUUGGCAAGAGAAGUUUUUCGAGUGCUUUGGUGAUUUCUGGGCUCUCGGCUGCGGACGGAGGCAACACGAGCGACACGCAGUCCUCCAGCAGCAUGAACAUUGCCAUGGGGCCGUCUGCCAGAGCAGCGAGCCAGGCAGCGCGGCAAGCCACUGAGACCUGUGAAGCAGCAGAUACCACAGAGCCAAGACCUCAGCGGGAGGCGGGUCCGGCCCAUGCGCUGUUCCUGAGUCGGAACGUGGAGUGCAGGAGGGCCAGCCAAGAAGACAUGGCCCUGGAAGACACGGCUUCCCAGCAGAGCCUGUCUGAGGAGCAGUGAGGAGCCUUCCUGGCACAGGGGCCACGUGCUUCUUAGCAUUAAAUACAGUUAGGUCAGGAACUGCACAUGGGUUUAGGUUCUUUCCAAUGUAAUAGCAACCUUCAAAUGUUUAUUUUUCUAACUUCCACACAAGAAUAUUACAGGGCAGAUGUUCUUCCGCUAAUGGCCUUGGCAUGGGUAAGGUUGGAAAAUAUCCUAAAAAACACACAGUGCCACUUCAUCUCAGGUUCUUGUAAAUCCUAGAACAAUGAAUACAACCUGUUUAACGUUCCUUCCCCUGGAAUGGUUAGAAUCACAAACGAAUACAGUAGGAAAUAAUACAACUCAGUGAAAAGCACACAAAAGACAUCUCUUUCCUGCCAUAACUAAACAGCUGAUUGCAUGCAAACUAAUUGAAAAUUUGGUAUAUAACAUAUCGCAAGAGGCAACUAAGAGCAGAAGCAAUGAAUACAUAAAAGGACAGUACAGUGUCCUGUAACAUUAGAGCUAAAUCUGAUUUUUUUUUCCAACAGCAAGUCUCAUUUUUCUUUGAUGUUAUGCAGGUGCUAAUGCUGAAUAGCAACACAGCAUCUCAGACUGAUAUACUGCAUGCAGCCAUACUGAAAUACUGUGUGAACAAGCCACGCUACACCAAUUAACAAAAGUGUAAGAAGAGAAAGUAUCCAGUGCAUGGAAAGUCUUCAGAACAUAUGGUGCACCUUAUUUGCAAAGCAGCUUUGCAUAAAUUAGGUAUUAUCUCGUGCUCCUGUUUGGUUUACAGCAGUGUUUCUCAAAUUCUAAGCAACAGUACCCUUAGGAGUCGCAAAAGGGCCAUGGGGAAUCCUCCUCAAGGACAGGAAAGUGCAAAGCAGGCUGUAAUUACUGUCUGGAAGUGUUUGUGUUGGGAAGGGAACAGCUAAAUACUCUUAAUUGCUGGACACAGCUCACUGUCCAUAAACACUUGUAGCCAGUAAUUACAAAGCCUUCUGAUUUCCCUCCCCCAGAGAAAACUGAGCUGCUGCCAAUAAAGACAGAUGAUACAAAAAGGGAGGCCAUGCCUUCACAUGGUUUGAGAAACACCAAUUUACAGGAAUGCAUGACUACUUUGAAACCCAAAAGGCUACAACAAAUCCUUCCUCUACUACAGAGUCUAAACAAACACGUGUGUGUUUUUUUCAAUUAAAAAAAAUUGCAGCUAUCAGUGUCUUGCUGUUCCUCUUUACUGUAACUACCAUAGAGUGUUUCUAAAUCUCAACACAAUGAUGUGCAGCCAGGCUGUCUUGUCCCAAUUAACAAGAUUUAACAAGAGAUGCUGUAGCUAAGUCUCAUUACUGUUAGGCAAUACUCAGUUGCAUUCUGAGCUUCCUACUGUGCCACACUUCAGAUCUGAGCAGUAGAACUAAGUAAGACUGAGUGAAAAUAAAAUGAUCCAAGUAUGUUUUGUGCGGCAGCUGUUUCUGGGUCUUCUGUUUGCAAUUGUUCUCACUUGCUUUCUGCUUUACAAAAUUAAGAAACCCAUUCUUUUUUACUUCACUUCAGAUCUUGAUGAGUUGAUUAAUAAAGCUUAGCACAAUCUAGGAAAAUUCUGCUCAUGUCACAAACACUAAAGCAGAGUAUUCAUAUACAGCCCUCUAGACACAUGGUCAUCAGUGCAGUUCAGGCCCUACUAAUGUCUCCACUAACAUCCAGGUGAGAUGUGGAAGAGGAAAUUGAAUUCAGCUGCUCCCUUCUGACCAAUUGUGGCUGCUGAUGACUCUUGUCCCACACACUGUUCAUGAAGUGCUUCAUUACAAAUGAAGGAUGGAGGUUAUAGAGGUAGACUCCUACUAACAGCCACCAGUCCCAGUUCUGCUUUGGGGGCUUUUGCAUGGCAGUCCACAGGAUAAAACUUCACUGCUUUGUCUUCCUGCUUGGAAGCAGGGCAAACAGGUGGCUCUGGAAAGCACCAAGAACUUUCCCAUAUUCACCUAGCAUCACUUAGGCCUCCAAUUUUCACAUCUUUAAGUUUGAAUCAAUUUCCAUCAAAAAUAAGUCAUUCUAGUAGUCCCAAUCAACCUAAAUUAUUCUGUGUAUCCAACUCACGUGUAAUAAACCAGAUUGGGGAAUGACUGCACAAAUUCCUUCAGCAGCAACCACUGUAUUUGCUUAGCAUGGAUCGAGACCCAGUGACAGCACCUUCCCCCAGCACCACAUCUUCUGCAAGGCUCCACCAUCCCCACAGCCUCUGGUACUGCAUCCUAAACUAAUGCAGCUGCCUCAUAGUUCCUGACUUCCCACUGUCCCCUGGAGCACAACUCCCUGGGGACAGCAGUUAUGCCAUGAAGUGCAGACAACUCCUGCACAGGGCGGCUGCCAGAAAGGGCAGGUUCUAACACGUUUAUGGAGUCAGCAAGCAAGCAUGGCAAAACAGGAGUCAAGGUAAGAUUCAAAAAUCAGUUCCUUUUUUGUAGCCAUGUCUUCCAUAGUUUUUAUUUUGCCCUAAAGUUGCUAUUGUAGCUAGCAGGUUGAAAAAACCCAAGAGUGACCACUAACAAGCAAGCGUAACAUAGGAAAAAAGAAUCAAAAUGAGCACAAACUCUCCCAUGUUACUUUUCUCCAUAUUUUUGGAGACAGUCUGCUUUUAUAGUAAUAAGACUACUGCUAUGUGCAUCAGUUUUAAAUAUGAGACAGUCCUACAGAAUAGACCGACAUAAUGGCUAGAAAUGAAACCUGCAACUAGGCAUGAGGUUGUAUUGAUUAAACACAUCUUAAACAAGGGUUUAAGGUAGAGAUACACCCAGUGAACUCUGCUUGGGACAGAAAGUGCAUUUAAGGGCUCUGAUGGACACCAAGCUAAUAAACAGCAACCUAACCUUUACACAAAGCCUAAUUUGAACAAGCUGCUCCAAACAGCUCUGCAUAACACCAAAAGGCACAUAUACAUGAAGGCUUUGAGUGACACCUUUACUCCUGAAAAACAGCUCAAUACUUAACCUCACACACAAGGUGCCUCACAGUUGCAAGAUGGGAAUACACCAUUUUUGGAGCAAGUUUUGGCCUUUAAAUGAAAAGCAAAUACAAUUUUCAUUGCUUUUAUGUCAUCUGUGAUCUGAAUAUUGUUAAAACUUGGCCCUAAAGUUGCUCAGGCUUAACAGUUUGUCUACAUGUCUGAUCUCUUGCUACAGCUGUGAUGCAGGAAAGAUGCUGCUACCACCAUGUAAGGACCAUUUACCAAGAGUUCCAUCAGAGUUUUUUGCAUCAGGUGCUAAGCUUGAUUUUUCCAGGGCUGCAGAGGCCAC